UAUACCCAGCAUGCGCCAUUAAUGCACGCCAAUGUACACUUCCUAUACUGAUCAAAUUUGUGAUUAACUUCGUAUCAGUGCUUUAAAUAUCAUAGGAUUUACUCAAGAUAGUGUUCCUAUUAAAAGACUAGUAUAAAAGUUUAUACUUUAUACUAUUUUAAUCUGGUUAUAAUAUAAACUAUGUGCAGAUGUGUUAUGGCCACGUGAUAAAGAAGACUUCUUAUUAUUGGUUGCGUAGUCAACGAUGCAAUAAUUAUUUUCUGCGCAUGUACGCUUCAGAUUUUGCAACAAAGCUAAGUUUCUCGAGUUACGCGUUGAUAGUAUUUGUGGAAUUAAUUAAUGAUUCUCACUAUUAAUAUAUGUAAGGAAUGGCACAUAAUGUAUAAAGAUAUGAGUAUAGUGUAACUGCGGUGUUCGUGGACUCCUAAAUUCAGAUUAACAUUCCAGUAUAUGUUGGGGCGCAUUUAUUCACGAUAGCUGUACAUGCUUUUAAGCCCUACAGCAAACAACACGACGCUACACCGUGUUGCUCUGGCAUCUCUCACGGCCACCUAUACCGACUCGGAGGGCGAAGACGGGGUGGAAGACGACCUUCAGGAGAAUUCGAACACUCCCCAGGGGGCCGCCCCGCAUAAUGCCCAAGUCGGUCAGCCCCAGGCUCUCACCAGUCCCAAAUCUGGCAGAUCAGCCUCAAAUAGUCCCAACGUUGCUUCCAGUCUUGGUGGCAAGUCUAAAAGCAACUUGCCGAACGCGCCCACCUUAGUAACUGAUGUAACAUCGAAGGUGCAGAGAUUGGUUUCAUAUUUUGAUGAUACAAUAGUUUCCGACGAUGAAGGAGCUGUGCCGAUGGUGGUUGAGGAACAGCCUUCAGAAAAUGGAAGGCCUUCCUUGACUACCGAGCAGUCUCCCUCGUGUCAAGGAGAAUUAGUUUCAGAUGGGGAAACAGAUUCUUUUGGAGUUGUAAUACCACCUGAGCCACCAGGUCAAUGUCCACCGGAAUUACAAGAAAAAAUAACAAAACUUUUUAGGAAAAUGGAGAGCGGCGGUUUAGAUAUGAAUAAAGUCAUACAGCAAAGGAAAGAUUUUAGAAAUCCAUCUAUUUAUGAAAAAUUAAUUCAGUAUUGUAGCAUCAACGAGCUGGGUACAAAUUAUCCUCCAGACAGAUUUGAUCCAUUUAAAUGGGGCAAGGAUUCUUAUUACGAGGAAUUGGCUAAGGUACAAAAAGCGGAAAUGGACAAACUUGAGAAGGCUAGAAAGGAGAAAACUAAAAUCGAGAUAGUAUCAGGUACUGCAAAACGACCAAACAAUUCUUCCAGUACAGCAGAAGAGGAUGCUAAAAAAAGAAAAAGUAAGUGGGAUCAAGUUGCAACUGGUGCCACUGUGUCGGUAAAACCCACAGUUUUGUUAUCUCAACCAACUUUAACCACGUUAACGUCCUCUGCAACUGGUACGAAGGCAACUGUUAUAUCAGCUUUUGGUUCAUUACCAAAGAAAAGACUGUAACAUAUCGUGUAAAUUUAUUGUAAAUACUAUUUGUUUCAAACAAAUACUUUUCAUGUGUUUUUUACAUUUUUUGACUUGAAUUCACAUGUUUACAUUAAUGUGCAUUGUAUCAAGCGUAUCUCUCAUUUUCUUUUUUGUUCUUUUACAUGUGAUUGUACAGAGUACUAUAAACGUUUUUGCGAUGAUAUUCACAAAUUUUCGUUUCAUUAGCAUGAUAUAAAAAAAGCGUUAAAUAUAAAGAAAAAACAUGAUUUGAUCGGAAUUUCCAAUAAAUCCUUUAGGAUUUAAUGCACGUUGACACACAUUCUAGAUGAUAUUGUUUUAAUGACAGUAAUUUAUGUUUCUUUAAUGAUUAAAGUUAGAAAAAGUCUGCGUUGAAUAGUUGAUAUACUGUAUCCAUCCAUAUAAUCGGUAAAAA